AACAGUGUAGUGUUUACAUCUGUAGGCUAUCCUCUUCAUGUACAAUGGAAAAAAGUAGGCGACCAGGGGUGGACUGACCAUUUGGAAACUCGGGCACUGCCCGAGGGCCCGGGGUCAAUAGGAGGCCCCAUGAGAUGCCCCUGGUACCUUUUUCAUAGGGUUUUUUGAGGGUGGACUGACCAUUUGGAAACUCUGGCACUGCCCGAGGGCCCGGGGUCAGUAGGGGGCCCCAUGAGAUGCCCCUGGUACCUUUUUCAUAGGCUUUUUUUGAGUUUGGGAAAGGACACAGGGGCCCCAUGAUCCCCUAUUGCCCGGGGGCCCCAUGA